AUGACUUCAAAAAAUGAUUUCGUCACAAACGAAAUGAACUCUAAUGGUUAUCUUGAAAAGGAUUUAUCAAACGAUAUUAUCAAAACAUCGAAGAAGAACAUGAAGAAAGUAGUUCAUUUCCAUGAAUUAUUUCGCUUUGCAAUUAAACUUGAUUGGUUUUAUAUGGUUUUGGGAGCAAUCGGAUCUAUUGGACAUGGUGCAUCGAUUCCAUUACUUUGGUUUAUGUUUGGUCAUAUAACAGAUUCAUUUACAGCAAAUGAUUUCAAUCUUUGUUCAAUUGAUUUUGAUAAUAUUAGUCAAUUGUUUUGUCCAGAAAAUAUUCAUUUAACAGCAGACAAUUUUCGACAACAAUAUAAAAAAUGUAAUUAUACACAAUUUAAUCGAAUGAUUCCAGCAGAUGUUCAAUUUUCAAAUAAAAUACAACUUUAUUCAAUAUAUAUUGCUUUAAUUGGUCUUGGAACUUUUUUAUGUGCUUACAUUCAAACAUCAUUUUGGACAAUGUCUGGUGAAAAACAAACACGUAGAAUACGAUAUCGAGCAUUUGAAUCUCUUAUUUGUAAUAAAAAUAUAUCCUAUUUUGAUAAACAUUCACCAGGUAAACUAACAACAUUAAUGUCAGAUGGUAUCUGUAAAAUUAAUGAUGGAAUUGGUGAAAAAUUUGGCUCAUAUUUACAAUAUUUAUCAAGUUUUAUAACGGGAUUGAUUAUUGGUUUUGUUAAUGGAUGGAAAUUAACAUUGGUUAUUUUAUCUAUGUCACCUUUACUUGCUAUUUCUGGUGUUCUUUAUUCAAAAAUCAGUGCUCGGAUGGCAUCAAAAGAACAACAAAUUUAUGCACAAGCCGGUCAAUUAGCUGAACAAGUACUUGCUGCAAUAAAAACAGUUUUUGCUUUUAAUGGAUCUGAUUUUGAAUUAAAACGAUAUGAACAACAAUUAAAAUUAACACGAAAAAAUGGCAUAAAAAUGGGUGCAAUUUUUGGUUUAGUUACUGGUUUUGAUUAUUUUGUUGUAUUUUGUGCUGAUGCAUUAGGAUUUUGGUUUGGAGCGAAAUUAAUUCGUAGAGAAAAUUAUACUAUUGGUGAAACACUCAUGGUAUUUUUUAUUGUAAUUAACUCAAUGUUUGCAUUUGGAAGAGCAGCACCAUAUUUUCAAGCGAUUAUAUCAGCUAAAGGAAGUGCUUAUUCAAUUUGGAAAAUAAUCGAUACUGAAAAAGAAUUUUAUCGUGAAGAAUCUUCUGAAGGACUUAAACCAUCAAAGAUUAAAGGAAAUAUAAUAUUUCAAAAUGUUUAUUUUGCAUAUCCAUCUCGACCGACUGUAACAGUUUUAAAAAAUGUUUCAUUUGAUAUAUCUGCUGGUCACACAGUUGCUAUUGUUGGUUCAAGUGGAUCGGGAAAGAGUACAUGUAUUGAAUUAGUUGAAAAAUUUUAUGAUCUACGGUCUGGAUUUAUUUUAUUGGAUAAUCAAGAUUUAAAUAGAUAUAAUAUUCAAUGGCUACGACAACAUAUAAGUGUUGUUAGUCAACAACCAAUUCUUUUUGAAACAACUGUUAUAGAAAAUAUUCGAAUGGGUUAUAAACAAGCAACAGAUAGUCAAAUUAUUGAUCUUUGUAAAAAUCUUGGUAUUCAUGAAACUAUUAUGAAUUUAUCUAAGGAUCAAUAUGAAACAAAAAUAAAUCAAGGUGGAUCAAAUUUAAGUGGUGGUCAACGUCAAAAGAUUGCAUUAGCUCGUGCUUUAUUAAAAAAUCCUCGUAUUUUACUUCUUGAUGAAGCAACAGCAGCACUUGAUAAUGAAAGUGAACAUCAAUUACAAAAAUCGAUUGAAAAAGCAUCAUUAAAUCGAACAACAAUAAUCAUUGCACAUCGAUUAAGUACGAUUCGUCAUGCUGAUAAUAUUAUUGUUUUUGAUCAUGGUUGUAUUGUUGAAAUGGGUAAACAUGAUUUUCUUAUGGAUCAAAAAGGAAAAUAUUGUCAACUUGUACAAACACAAUUAAUUGAUGAACAAUUUGAAAAUAUUUCUAACGAACAAGAAAAUUAUUUAAAUAAUGUUGAUGAACAAAAAGAUGAAAGUUUGAUAAGAAUUGAAGAGAAAAAAAACGAAAAUGAACAAAAGAAAAAAAUCAAUUUUUCAUUUCUAAAAUUACUUACUUUAAAUAAACCCGAAUGGAUUUAUAUUUUAUUUGGUUGUAUUACAUCUUUAAUUAAUGGAGGAAUUGAACCAACUUUUGCAUUAAUUCUUAGUAAACUUGUUUCCGUAUUAGAAGAAUGUAAUUUAUAUGAACAUAUCCGUCAGGUUAAUUUUUAUAUUAUAUUAUUUAUUGUCUGUGGUAUAGUUAUGUUAUUUACAAUGUUUUUACAAAGUUUCUUUUUUUCUGUAUCUGGUGAAGGUUUAACAUAUCGUCUUCGUCUUCGUGCAUAUCGAACAGUGUUAAAACAAAACGUUUCUUGGUUCGAUCGAACAGAAAAUAGUACAGGAAUACUUUGUGCACGAUUAUCAACAGAAGCAUCAGCUGUACAUGAGGCAACAGGAGUUUUAUUAGGAAUUUGUUUAAGAAAUUUUGCUAAUUUAGUAGUUGGUAUUAUUCUUGGUUUAUAUGCAAGUUGGCAAUUAACAUUAUUAAUGUGUGUUUUUAUUCCAUUAUUAAUUUUAUCUGGUUGGUUACAAACUAAAGUUUUAUCAAGUUUUAUUAAAAUGGAUUCAAUUGCAAUGGAAAAAGCAGCAAAUAUUGUUGCACAAGUAACACAAAAUAUUCGUACAGUUGUACAAUUGACAGAAGAAAAAAGUUUUCUUGAAAAAUAUAAAGAAAUUAUUGAUAAACCUUAUAAAAAAUUAAAACUUCGAUCACAUUUGAAUGCAUUACUUUUUGCUCUUGCAAAUUCAAUAUCAUUUUUUGCUCAAGCAGCACUUUUUAGUCUUGGAGGAUAUUUAGUAGGGAAAAAUCAUAUCUUAUUUGAGCAUAUUAUUUUAAUAUUUUCUAUUGUUACAUUUGGUGCUGUAUCUGUCAGUCAAUCAUUUGCUAUGGCUCCGAAUUAUGCAAAAGCACGAUCUGCUGCAAAGAAAAUAUUUAAAUUAUUUGAUCUCAAAUCUCAAGACUUUGAUAAUAUUCAAUCAAAAAAUGAUGAAGAAGAAACGAAAUAUUUUGAUGGUAUUGAAUUUAAUAAUGUUACAUUUGCAUAUGAAAAUCGAUCUGAUGUUAUAAUUUUUAAAAAUUUUUCCUUGAAAAUAGAACCAGGACAACAUGUUGCAUUGAUUGGUGAGUUUUUGCUUCUUAUUUUUUUUUUGUUGAAAUUUAAAAUGGUAAAAUUAAUUAAAGGAGCUACUGGAUGUGGAAAAAGUACAGCUAUUCAAUUAAUUGAACGAUUUUAUGAUUAUUCUCAUGGACGUAUAAUAAUGAAUUCGAAAGACAUUCGACAAAUGAAUAUAAAAGAAGUACGUUCUCAAAUGGCACUUGUUUCCCAAGAAGCAAUUUUAUUUGAUGUUUCAAUUCGUGAUAAUAUUAAAUAUGGAGAUUUAACAAGAAAUAUAUCCGAUGAAGAAAUUAUUUUUACUGCUCAACGCGCAAAUAUACACAAUUUUAUUCUUAGUUUACCAGAGGUUUGGAAAUAG